AUGAAACAUUGUGGAAGGACUCGUGAGCAGGCCAUAGUGUACACUUUGGCCAGCGCCUCGUUCAUCUUCGAGGUGGCUCGCCGCUGUGCCUCCAACAAACUUGUCCACUGUCAAUGCGGCCUCGAUGAGUGGACCGACAUGCCUGCCAGCUCCGGGGCCCAACUCUCGCUGGAGCCGGGAGACGAAGAGUACAAGACACCGAACGGUCGUCUGCUCGACGCACGCUACCUCCUCUCCACGCCUGGAGGUGAGUCGACGCUUCGGCAACGGAUGCAGCACCAACCAGCAGCUUCACUUGUCUACACGGGACUCGGCGCGACGCGACGACUCUCGACCACCGGGCGCAGAUCGGCGCGACACGCCGACUGGACGAGUUCUGAGUCAGAAAGCCGGUUGGACGCAUCUUCUGCCGACGCCUGGGAGGACGAGACUGAAGAGAGAGCCGGAAUGGAGGCCGACGGCGACGCUAGUGCCGCAUGGAGCCAAGUUGGCCGGUCUCGGGACGCUGCUACUGGCAGAUAUUUUGACGAGCCGCCAAUCAGUAGAGCCUGGCCACCGGCUGGCGGGCGUCGAACUCAGACUCCGGCCUCUCUACAACGGUCAAGCGGAAAUAUUGCUGCAAAUUUUCUCUCGGGUUGGUUGAACGACAAUGCGAUGCAAAUCAUAUGA